AUGUCUUUCUUAACUGAAUAUUUCGACGAGUACAAACAACAUCCUAUUAACAAACGAGGGCCAUGCCUACCUGAGGAAAGAUGGGCGAAGAUGGAAGGAAUUUGGUUGGAUCCAAAAAAAGGAUCAGAAAAUAAGGAAAUGUCGGAAGAGGAGAUCAAAGCGUUUAUAAAAAAGACGAUGCGCAGCCUCCGCGGACAGUCCACAUACUUCAACGAAUAUUGCGCGCAUCUCGAUCAAGAAUUCAAGACACGCCCAUUCAAACCACGCGUGAAGAAACCAUGCCGAGUGGACGUAAAGAGUGACAACGCCACCGGCGACAUAGAUAAGGACAAACUGGAGCAGGAGCGAAUUGCAGCCCUGCCGAAAAAGCUAGCCUUGAAGGAUACUGUCGUCAUGAAGAUGGCUAAAGAGUUGUUCGAGAAAGAUUUAAGUGAACCUACCCUGGAACCGUUGAGGACGACCUUCAGGAUUUACGGGUACGUCCGUCCACAAAACUACCACACGGGGUUAAGCGAGUACCAGGGUACCAUAUCUCGCGUGGCGUAUGAAUUAGUGCGAGACGACCGAAUACCGCGGUACAAGGCCGCGAACGGUGGUAGAGCCACGUGGGGAUACCCCCCAGAGGGCGUAAGACAACCUGAGUUGGAAGCUAUACCUUUCGAUGGUGAAAGACUCUACGAUUAGGUUUUGGGAAAAUUUUGACCUUGCAUUAAAUAAAAUACACAUUGAGGACAGAAACUGUCGUUUACUUUCCUUCGAAGU